GGUCCCCGGCCUCGGCAGAGGGUUCCGGCGGGCGUGCGGGAUGAGUGGGUCCCUGGGCCGGGCGGCGGCGGCUCUGCUCCGCUGGGGGCGCGGCGCGGGCGGCGGCGGCCUGCGGAGCCCGGGCGUGCGGGCGGCGGGCUCGGGCGGCGGCGGCGGCGGGGGCUCGGCGGAGCGGCUGGACGCGAUGGUGAAGAAGGACAAGGUGGUGGUCUUCCUCAAGGGCACGCCGGAGCAGCCCCAGUGCGGCUUCAGCAACGCGGUGGUGCAGAUCCUGCGGCUGCACGGCGUCAGCGACUACGCGGCCUACAACGUGCUGGACGACCCCCAGCUCCGGCAAGGCAUUAAAGACUACUCCAACUGGCCCACCAUCCCGCAGGUGUACCUCAACGGCGAGUUCGUCGGGGGCUGUGACAUCCUCCUGCAGAUGCACCAGAACGGAGACCUGGUGGAGGAACUGAAAAAGCUGGGCAUCCGCUCCGCCCUUGUGGACGAAAAGGAAGACCAGGACUCAAAGUGAGGGCGGGCCCCCCGGCAGAGCCGCGGCCCUCAGGCGGGGAGCGCGGGUCCACCGCUGCCCAGAAGCUCACCGCGUGCGGGUCGCUGCUCAGGCCGCUGCCGGCGCCCACCCCCGUGCUCCUGAGCAGCGGUGGUUUGCGUGUCUGGUGUGUGGGCUGCGGGUUGUGAACUUCAUUAUAACCACUGCACUGUCAUCAUCGGGCGUCAAUCCCCCUGUCGCUGUAAACACGUCUUCUCAUACAGCCAUUUGCUGUUUGCCUGACUCGGGAGUGAAGCUAGGAGCUCCUGGGCCAUUAUUCAGGAAUCCCCUGCCAGUGUGUCCGUCUGCAAAGACAGCACAGCCCUCCACUCUUUGUAACUUGUUCUUUAAGAAGUGGUGGGCAAGGGGGAGAACAUGACUGGAGUUGUUUUUCAGAAUAAACCGCGGGGAUGCGGUGUGUGAGCCGUUCA